AAAAUUUGAAUUGCAGGAUCGAGCCUCGAGGGUUUAGGGAUUGAAAAUCCCUCUCUAAAAUUUUAGGCCUCCGUUUGGUCGCAGAGAGUUCCCUUCAACGUCUCCGGCGAGAAUCCAGAACGAUUCGGUUCAUUGGUAGUUUCUCUCUCGCCAUAGACAUCAGUUGCUCUUUGUAAAAUUACAUCUAAGAUGAGCACCACAGCACAACGAACUCCCAAAUCUGGGAGGCAGUCAUUGUUUUUCCAUGAUUUGGCAACACCUGUUUCUGCCCGGAGAGGAAAAUUUUCCACUCCUGGUCAAGCAGCAGCAGUAUCUGCUCUAUGGCGAGAGAAUUUUGGGGGUUCAGAUCUUCCACCCCCACCCAUGUACACUUUGGAGGACCGCUCAGAUUUCUCUCCUGAAUCUGGGAUCCCAGAUUACCCAGUAUCCCCAGAAAUCAAGUCAGACCAGAGAACUCCAGUUCAGAGUUCUUUCAGGGAUUUCUCGACUCCGAUGAAAAGCAAAUCUGAGGCUAGCACUUCUUUUGCUUUACUGGGUCGGCAGCAGAAUUCUCAGGGUUCUGCAAGUUCAAGUUGGUGGUCGCCUGCGAAAGGUAACAGUAACGAACAAGAAGACAAAGGAAAGGGUUCUCCUGUUGAAGGUGUGGUUCAGCCUGGUGCGUUAAUCACACUUCCACCCCCAAGGGAAGUUGCGAGGCCAGAGAUGAAGCAGAAUAACUUACUUGCAGGGAACCUGGAUGAGGAAGAAUGGGUUACUGUUUAUGGAUUUUCUCCUGGUGAUACCAAUUUAGUUAUGCGGGAGUUUGAAAAGUGUGGCGUGAUCCUGAAACAUGUUCCUGGUCCCCAGAAUGCCAACUGGAUGCAUAUUCUUUAUCAGAAUCGUUCUGAUGCUCAAAAGGCCCUGAGCAAGAAUGGGAUGCAAAUCCAUGGAAUAUUAAUUGUAGGUGUGAAGCCAGUGGAUCCAAUGCAACGCCAGGCUUUGAAUGAGAGACUCAACAAUCAGGGGUUCAUGCCUAUUCCCCCUCCGCCUUCUAGUAAAACCUCAGAGAUGAAUGCAUUAAGAGCCUCACCACGUCCCUACUAUCUUCAAAAUGACAGCAGCAGUGCCAGGCAGUCAGGAGGUGCCAUUGCUUCCCCUGCAAAGUCUAUGGUGUCCAAAAUCAUGGAUUUGAUGUUCGGUGUUUAGGUUCGCUGUUCUUGACCUCUUGUUGCUUAAAAUUGUUUUUUUGUGCAAUCUUGUUGUAAGCAGAGUAUUACUAUUGCGGCAAUUCAUAUAUAUGCGGCAAAUGGUGAACUUGAGUCUGCAUACUAUGAUUAAUUCUUUUUUAAUGGGGUAUCCAAAUGUUGAGGAACACUUUCUUUGGCAUAUGCAAUUCUUCUGCCCUAUAUGUUUGGUGAUUAA